AUGGCUGCUAAAAAAUUAUAUUACACGAAUAAUAAUAUCCAUUUGAAAAACCAAUGGUCAAAUAAGAAGCCUAAAGGUACCGUAUCUUCUAAUACCGAUGGCAAUAAUUGUUAUAAUUCCAAUGAGAAGGAAAAUAAAAUCGAUUUAGAUGCAGAAUAUGAUGAAAAUUAUACUGUAGGUCCAAGUUUAUUAUCCCAAAAAUACUCAACUGAAAAUAAAAAUAAGGGAAAGAUUGUCACGCCAAUGCUUGACAUUCCUCAGAAAUUUGAAUUCCAAGAAUCUUCAAAUAGAAGCAUGGAAUUUGAAGAUGAAAACUUGGAUGGUGUUCCACCAAAUUUUGUAGUUUCUGAAGCAGAAUCACAAUCUGGAUCUGAAUCUGAAUCUGAAUCUGAGCCUGGGCUUUCUUCUGAAGAAGAAGAUACAUGUUCUGGAGAAGAGAAAUUAAAUAGUAAAGAUAAAGUAGGAAAUAAUUCAAAUUCAGAAGAAACUGAAACUGAAACCGUGGAAUCCACUAAACAAAAUUCGUUACGUAAUCAACCUUCUUCAUGUGUAUUUGUAGCAAGUUUGGCUGCUACUCUGACUGAUGAAGAAUUAUCUAAUUCAGUGACAAACCAUUUUGCCAAAUAUGGUGAUCUAAAGAUGGUUAAAGUUUUGCGUGAUGGGAAAAAUAGACCCUAUGCAUUUGUUCAAUAUACAAAUGAUUCUGAUGCAACAAGAGCAUUAAAGGAAGCUCAUGGAUCCAAAUUAGACGGUAGAGAAUUACGUUGUGAAAGGGCAAGAGUUAAUAGAACUUUACAUAUUAGUUCUAAAAUUCAACUUAAUGAUGAAUUUAUUAAAACGAUGUGUAUGGAAUUUGGUCAAUUAGAACAAGUUAUUAAAGGUCAAAAUAAUAAUCCUUAUAUUAGAAGGAAUAAUUAUUUAUCAAAUAUGAUUAACUCUUGGUUUGUUAGAUUUGUUUACCGUGAUGAUGCGAUCAGAGCUUUUGCAAAUAUUAGAAGUAAUCCAAAUUUAAUUGUUAAUUGGGUUCAAAAUGUUGAUAUAAAAGUUGGUGAAAAUUUAUUAAAUAAUGAUGAAAUCCAAGAUAGUCCUAAUACCAAAAAAUCAGAUUCUAAUUCAUCUACCUUAGUUCCUAAUAGCAUAUCACCAUCAUCAAUUUCUAGAAGGCAUUCAUGGUUGGAUGAUUGUGGUAAAUAUUCAAAUAGAUUUAAUCCAAACUGGUCAAUUAGUAAUUCAUUAAGUAAUAAUCCUAUCAAGGUGGAAGAAUUAGCCAUUGAUAAAAAAUCAAUAUUUGUUGGUCAAUUAUCAAAUGAUGCAACAGAAGAAAAUUUAAAAGAAAGAUUUUCAACACAUGGUGAAAUUACUAAUUUUACAUUAAUUAGAAAGCCCACAAAUAUUUUUGCAUUUAUUGAAUUUAAAACUGAAGCAUCAGCUGCUUCUGCAUUUGAAAAAGAAAAUCAUGCUAUUUUCUUAAAUAAAACAAUGCAUGUUCAAUAUAAAGAAAUUAGUAGAUCAAGAAGAAGUUUUUCCAAUAGUAAUAAUAAAAAUUUCCCAGCAAAUGAUUAUAAAAAAAUGUCAGCACCACAAAUUAAUUUAGCACCUCCACCAAUUAACGUUUAUAGAAGACACUCCAUAGAUCCAACCCCAAUUGUUCCGCAUUAUAUGGCAAAUUCUUUACCAAGAAUUCCUUCAUUUGGAGUCAAUCCUUAUCUACCAUACAAUAAUUAUUCUACAAGAAGGAAAUCAAUGCCAGAUUGGUCAACUGUAAGAAGUUUCAAAUCUGAUCUAGAUUCAAAUACUACAGCAAACACCAUCUCAGACAAUAAUAAUAAUUCAAAUAUGAACGCAGAUUCUAGUUCAGAAAUUUCUACUACAUCAGCAAGUAAGAGUACUACAGGGGCUAUGUAUGAUAAUUCAUUUUCUGGAAAUACCAAUUCCAAUACUACAACAAGUAAUUCUGGUAUUAAUGGUGAAAAUUAUAGAAAAAAUUUCAAUUAUAAAAGAAAUAAUAAUUAUAAAUAUUCGAUAAAUGAUCCAAAUAGAUCUUAUUAUUAUUCUCAAUACUAUUUUCAACCAAUGAAUUAUCCAAUGAAUCCAAUGGGUGGUAAUUUUAUGCCAAACAAUAACUCGCCAACCCAUCCUUAUAUGAUGUUCUGUCCAAUGCCUCCACCAACAGGGGUAGAUCCAUCAAUGUUUGUACCAAGAAUGAAUAAUUCAAACCCAAUGAUGCCUGCAAAUAUGGCUCCCAGCAAUGAUCCAAUGGGAAUGCAUUCAUCGGAGGAUAAUCCUGGAAAUAUUGAUAUGAUACCAACGGGAGAUAUGAUAACGGAAGAGUCGCCAAUACAAAAUCUAGAUUAUUAA